GAAAUGUUUGUGCAGUGGAUUUUCCCGAUCUUAAGUGUCACCCUGGUUUCCUCUAAAUGGAUUCCGGAACGAAUUGUGGGUGGCGACUCGAUAUCCAUUCAAUCGGUUCCCUGGCAGGCUUCCAUUCUUUGGUUUGGAGAACAUUUUUGCGGUGCAGCCAUCUACAGUGAAGACAUCGUCAUAACGGCAGCCCACUGCCUCACCAAAGUCUACUCCGAAUACCUCUCCGUGAGAGUCGGCUCAUCGUACACCCGCUACGGUGGUCAGGUGGUGCGGGUAGCUAGGUUCCUGAUACACGAGAAGUACCACCGGACCAUGUCCAACGACAUAGCCGUGAUGAGGCUUCAGUCCAAGAUCAGGCUGGGAAGUUGAGUCAGUGUGAUUCCCCUGGCCGAUACUUCUCCGGCUAGUGGAGCUCCUGCCACGGUUUCGGGAUGGGGAGCCAUUGGCUAUGAAAAGGAACUGGCCAAGUCCCUGCUGGGCGUUUCGGUGGACAUUGUGGAUCAGCAUCAGUGUCGUAGGUCGUACGGAAAGCGAAUCACCAAGGACAUGAUCUGUGCCGCCGCACCGGGAAAGGAUGCCUGCACCGGCGAUUCGGGAGGUCCUCUGGUCUCCGGUGGCCAGCUCGUUGGCAUCGUGUCCUUCGGAGCGGAGUGUGCUCUUCCACAAUUCCCAGGAGUCUACGCGAACGUGGCUGAGCUGAAGCCCUGGAUUUUGAGCGCUAUUCAAAGAAUAUGA